AGGGAAGGAGCGACUUUAUUACUGGGUGGUAAACGAUACGGUGACAAAGGAUAUUUCAUCGAACCAACUAUUUUUGUUGACGUGAACGAAAAAAUGAAGAUUAUGCAAGAAGAAAUAUUUGGUCCCGUUGUAGCCAUUGCAAAAUUCAAAACUGUUGAUGAAGUAAUCGAAAAGGCACAUUUGACAAAUUAUGGCUUGGCCGCAGCUGUGUUCACUAAAGAUAUAUCUCGUGCAAUAAAAAUCUCAAACGCGUUGAAAGCUGGUACUGUAUGGGGUUACAAAGAAUCUGGAAUUGGUCGUGAACUCGGAAAAUACGCGUUAGACUUAUAUACUCAAGUGAAGACAGUUCAAAUUAAUCUUGAAUGUUAA